UGAACGUCACUUCCUGUCCUGAGACCGAUGACCAGGAAACGUAUGGGAAAUAAAACAGCACGAACCUGCGGCGACUUUUAAUGGAAUGGCUUGAAAUAGUUCUUCGCAGUCACAGUGAAAGAUAACAGGAGAGGCCAUGGCGUGUGCCCGAGUUCCGCUGGAUGAGCAGCAGGUGACGGAGCGUGACGCAGCAGGGAGGGAGCGCACCCUGCCCGCCCUGCAUCCGCACAGGAUGGAGGGGCGCUGUUUUGUGCCUUAUAAGCCCCCCCCUGAUGAUGGCUGCUCCCCAGCUGAGGUGGAGGAGUUUCUAGAACUGGCCAGAUUCAUUACAGAAGAUCUGGACUGGCUCCUGUCACUGCCUCAUGACAAAUUCUGGUGUCAGGUGGUGUUUGAUGAAUCCUUGCAGAGAUGUUUAGACUCGUACCUGCAUCAGGCUCCUCGUGGUCUCGACUUCGCUGCCCUCCCAUCCUCUCCAGCGGUGGCCGACAUCCAGCGCUCUUUACACAGAACUGUCUUCUUGACUUUUCUCAGAAUGGCCACAUAUAAAGAGUCGAAGGACAAUUUCAUCACCCCGUCAGUUUUUGGAGAAAUUGUCUAUGAGAAUUUCCUAUUUGACAUUCCAAAGAUGAUGGAUCUGUGUGUGCUCUUUGGAAAGGGCAACAGCCAACUGGUGCACAAAAUGAUCGAGAACAUCUUUACACAGCAGCCAUCGUACUACAGGGACCUGGAUGAGACGGUGCCCACAGUGCUGCAGGUAUUUGACACCAUCUUGGAGAAGUGUGGUCUUCAGUGUGAUGGAGCCACAGCCAUGGAGCCGUUGAAGCUGAACGCCCACCAACAGCGCACCGCCAUGACCAUGAGCCUGCAGGAACUUGUAGAUAUUAUUUUGUACUUGUGUGACUCCACUUCCACCAUCUAUGCCUUCCUGGACAUCUUCCCGGCCGCCUGCUCCACCUUCCACUCCCACAGCUUCCUCAGCAGACUGACCUCGUUUUAUGAGACCACUGUGCCUGAUCUGGAGAAGGCAGUGAAGAAGAGAAACUUUGAUGAUAAACGUCGUCAGGAGGAUCUGUGGAAGAGGCUGUCUCACUCCUGUCGGAAGAUGAUCGAGACGUGUCACCUGCUGCUGCAUCACACCUGCCUCCAGCCCAUCCUCGAGGGGGGAGAGAACACACAGACGUUUGCAGAGGAGCUGCUGCAACAUUUCACAUCUUUUUUACCUGAGAAAAGGUUCUUGUCAGACUAUGAUGAGCAGUUCCCCAUCGCUGACGACAUCAGCCUCCUACAGCAGGCCCUCCCUCUAAUUGAUGAGACGAGGACGUCCUACCUGUUGGAGGGGGUGCAGAGCGCCUGGGACAGCACCGGGAGGAGGAAACAGCACAGCCACAUCCAGCCCAAAAACACCUCAGCAUUCCCAGUAGCCGGUGCUGCCGCCGCCAUUUCCUCAGCGGGAUUCAAACCUCAGGAAGACCGAGAAUCAGGAGAAGACGGGGCCGUGGGGGGUGCAGAGGCCAUGCUGGAUGUGUCUCACAAAGGAAACAAUGGCGCCGUGUGCUCUGUGGGCGGGGCCGAACUGGAGUCUCUACUGUCCUGUAUCAGGGACCUGUUGCCUGAUCUGGGCGAAGGUUUCCUAUUGGCCUGUCUGCAGGAGUACAACUACAACUCUGAGCUGGUCAUCAACAACAUCCUGGAGGACCGGCUCAGCCCCAACCUGGACAAACUGGACCGCGCUAUGCCACGGCCGGUGAAGGAGGAGCUUCCAGGAGUUCUGGACAGCAGAUCCAACGUGUUUGAUGAUGAUGAGUUUGAUGUGUUUCGUAGAGACCAGGUGGACAUGUCUCGUAUCUGGAAGGGCAGGAGGAAAGGUGAGAGCACCAGAGAGAUGCUGAACGACAAGCGGCACAUAUCCGAUCAGAGAGCUCGGUACCAAGCCUACGAGACGGUAGUGGACGAGGUCAUCAUUGAACCUGGCGAAAACGCAGAGAGUUACGGCCUGGACGACUACGACGACGAGUACGACGACACCUACGACAUGAACCAAGUGGGAGCCAAUGACCUGGACGGAGACAGUCUACUGAGCAGGAGGCCUUUCACAGUCCCUCAAGUUCUACGUAAAGGAAAUAAAGCAGAGGAGGAGGAAGAGGAGGAGGAGGAGGAAGAGGAACCCCUACAGAACAAUGUGAACAGGGACCAGUUCAUCCAGGACCCGGCGGUGCUGAGGGAGAGGGCUGAGGCUAGAAGAGCAGCCAUGCAGCAGAGGAAAGGUUUUCGUCCAGAGCGUCCCAGUAACGUGGUGGGUCAGCCGAAGGGCCAAGGACAGAGCAUGGAGACGUUCCUGGACAGACGCAAGAAGGAGGCCAACAAGAAUCGCGUGGCCAACCACAACCGGCGCACCAUGGCCGACCGCAAGAGGAACAAAGGCAUGAUCCCGUCCUGACCACGUCACGUGACUAGACCGAUGGGAAAAAGGUAAAGACGGCAGUGAGUGGACUGAGGUGGUGUCCUGGGUCAAAGGUCAGGAUGAUGUCGUAGCUCAGUGUGUGGUUAGAAGGAUGAGCUCCAGAGGGUUUCAGUGGAUAGAGUUGUUUUAGUUUACGGUCCUGCUUUGGCCGGUUUGGGUUCAGAAGUUGCCAAACAGCGUGUUGAAAUCUGAAUAAGACUGAACACUUCCUGUUGGAAUCGGAGGACGUUGGGGUCUUGGGCCAAAACGGCCUCCUGUUAUAUUUUAUUAAUAAAAACCAAAGUUCAAAGUGCGAACAGUGACUGAAGACAAUGAUCGUAUUUUUGCUAAGUAACAAACAGUUUAUUAUUAAGAUCCAGAGUGAAUCAAUUACCUUUGACAUCAUCAAAUAAAUACAGAUACAUAUUGGAUUCACUACAGAAAAACAGCUGACAUCAACAACAUCCUGAUCUCGGCAUUUCAACAAAAGAUCUCUGAGUUUUGACAAAAGUUCAAGCUUCUUAUAAGUCAAUCAAAUCAAUCAAUCAAUCAAAUUUUAUUUAUAUUGCGCCACUUCGUAACAAAAGUUAUCUCAUGACACUUUACAUUUAGAGCUGGUCGCCUUUACAUCACAGUUGUGGGAAAAAUGCUGAGUUUUGUAGAAAUAAUUCUAACAUGAAAGAGCAAUGAAUUCCACAGCAGUCAUCUGUUCAAACUUAAGUCACUGAAUUCACCAACGGAAGUCAGAGGUUUUCACAUCGACAAUGGAGUAUUUCUGUGUUAUUUCUGCCACAUUACUGUUGUUCCAAACAAAUGGAAUUGUUGUUUAGAGCACAGAGCUUUUCUAUUUCUAAGAUUUUUAUGACGAAAACAGCAUUUUCCCCUGGUUCUGUGUCAUGUAAUGAACUUGCGCUACAUCAGACUAAUCACACACUUUAUUAGAUUUUAAUGCUUUUCUUGGCUUUUUAAGAAAAAGUGAUUAUUUUUUCCAAUAGAUUCAAUAGAUUGUUAUAUUAUGACUGAUAACUAAGCUGAUCAGAACUCAUUGUUGAGAUGCUGAUGUUACAGAUGUGAGAUCAGGAAAUUACAAAAAUGUCCUUUUUAGUUCUCGGAGUGAAUUCACUACGUUUUCAUAAAUAAACUAUAAGAAUAAAAAGGAAGGGACAUCCGGGCUUUGGAGAGACUGGUUCCAUGUGGAAGUGGAAGAACGUUUCCUGUCCAAGUGAGAACUCUUAUAUCCAUCCUGCGUGGAGGACGUUUGCAUGUUACAGUGAAGCGCUUGCAUUGACAUGACGUCCACCAGUUCUCACCGACGUCCAUCUGUCACAGCCCAGCGACGCCGUCAUUCUGACGCUGAUGUGUUUGUGUUUGGAAGCACAUGCUGCACAGAGGCCUCAUGGGAAAAAAAAAACACCUCCUACAUGCUGCCAUGUACACACUGUUUUCUAUGACGAAAACUCAUCUAGGAGCAUUUUGUAACAAAAGUAAAGCACAUGCAACUGCAUUUUGGAGUUCAAACAUGGAAUAAAUACAUGUAUGUUUUGA